GACUCGUGGUGCUGGCUGCCGCUGUUGAGGCGGCCGGGAACGGGCAGUGGGGAGCGGGCGGAGCUGGCCCUGCCUCUGCCCGGCCGGCGCCGCAGUCGGCGCGGGCCGCGCCCGCCGCCAUAAACUGCCCUGAGCGCCUGAUGAGGCCGAGGGAGACGUCGGGGCCUGCACUUGGAGGGAGCCUGCCGCGCUGGCCCCAAGGAGGGGGCGUUGCCAUGGCGACAGCCUCUCCUGCUGCUGACGGGGGACGGGGGCGGCCCUGGGAAGGAGGGCUGGUCGCCUGGCCCCCUGCCCCUCCCCUUACUCUCCCCUGGACUUGGAUGGGCCCGAGUUGGGGGCAACACCCCGGGCAUUGGGGCUUUCCAGCUCUCACAGAACCUUCAGCAUCCCCAGCCACCAGCCUUGGCAUCUUCGAAGUAAGGAGAGCCCUGAAAUCAGCCAUUUCUCAAAAGAGCUCUGGAGAAUGUCAUUUAGAAGUUUUAGAUGCUUCUGGAUGUUCAAUGCUAGCGCCUUUGCAGACUGGAGCAGCUCGAUUUUCUUCAUAUUUACUUUCAAGAGCAAGAAAAGUGCUGGGCUCCCACUUAUUUUCUCCCUGUGGUGUUCCGGAGUUCUGCUCCAUAUCCACCAGAAAGCUGGCGGCCCACGGCUUUGGCGCAUCCAUGGCGGCAAUGGUGUCCUUCCCUCCCCAGAGGUAUCACUACUUUUUAGUGCUGGACUUUGAGGCCACGUGCGACAAGCCACAGAUUCAACCUCAGGAAAUCAUCGAGUUCCCCAUCCUGAAGCUAAAUGGCCGGACCAUGGAGAUUGAGUCUACCUUUCACAUGUAUGUCCAGCCUGUAGUCCACCCACAGCUUACUCCCUUCUGCACAGAGCUCACCGGGAUUAUUCAAGCCAUGGUGGAUGGUCAGCCCAGCCUACAGCAAGUGCUGGAGAGGGUCGAUGAGUGGAUGGCGAAGGAAGGCCUCUUAGAUCCAAACGUCAAGUCAAUUUUUGUCACCUGCGGAGACUGGGACUUGAAAGUCAUGCUCCCAGGCCAGUGCCAGUACCUGGGCUUGCCAGUGGCAGAUUACUUCAAGCAGUGGAUCAAUCUGAAAAAGGCUUACAGCUUCGCCAUGGGCUGCUGGCCCAAGAAUGGACUUCUAGACAUGAACAAGGGCCUCAGCCUGCAACACAUAGGCCGGCCCCACAGCGGCAUUGAUGACUGCAAGAACAUCGCCAACAUCAUGAAGACACUUGCAUAUCGAGGCUUCAUCUUCAAGCAGACAUCAAAGCCAUUCUGAUUGGCCAAGGACAGGAUGGGGCAGUACAGGGUAGCUGCUUGGCCCAGCCCAGAACCCUCCUCUCCCUCACCAGAGGGGAAAAGGGAGAGUAGCGCAGAGCUACGUACAGAGUGUCCCCCAGCCUGCCCUGUGGGCUUGCACCCUAGGCAAGGGCUUGGCCACUUGGUCCCUCCUGAGCAGAUACUUUGUGGCCCCCACCCCCACCCCUCCACCUCAGCCCAGUAUCAGCCCCUCCCAUUACGGGCCUGGGCUAGGGCGACCCAGGCACUCACCGCCUCCUCCCUGGCACACAGGCUUCUGCUGGGGCCACCAAGCCCCCCUGUGCCCCCUCCUAUCCGUAGUGCAUGGUGUGUGGUGCCCCCAGGGCUCCAGGACAGGUCAGGCCCCACCUUGUGUCCACCCCAUCCCCGUUGUGAACGUGCCGCUGAAUAAAGUCGGGGAAACAGG